UUAGAUAGACGGGUGACCGAGCUGGCCAGUUAUUGUCGUCGGGACCUCUAGUCGCUGCUGCCAGUUUAAGGAAUAGACUUUCCAUUUAUUGGACGAUUCGGCUUUGAUUUUUUCGCCGUUGGGUUCGUCUCCUCCACAAGGUCGAUGGCAUCCGUCGCGGCGCCCCCUCCUUCAGUCGCCCUCGCCGUCGCCUUUCUCCUUGUCGGCGGCCUCGCGACUGCCGCCGGAUGCUUCUCUGCCAUCUUCAGCUUCGGCGACUCCAUCACCGACACCGGCAACGCCGUCCGCCUCGGCAGAGUGGGCGGUCCCAGCGGCAUCUCGCCGUACGGUCGCACUUUCUUCGGCCGCCCUACAGGCCGCUUCUCGGAUGGCCGCGUCAUCCUCGACUUCAUUGCGCAGGGAUUGGGGUUGCCGCUGGUCCGACCGUAUCUCGAAGGAGGGGAUUUUCGCAGGGGGGUUAAUUUUGCGGUCGCUGGAGCCACCGCCCUCGACCUCGACUUUUUUCGUGCGAAGGGGAUUGAUGCUUCGUGGACCCACAAGUCCUUGCGCGUGCAGAUUGAGGAGUUCAAGCAGUUGCUGCCGUCGCUCUCCUCUGAUCCCAAAGAAUUAUUGAAUACUUCAUUGAUUCUGCUGGGAGAGAUUGGAGGGAAUGACUACAACCAUCCAUUCUUCCAUGGAAACAGCGCAGAUGAUAUAAGAACCUUCAUUCCUAGUGUGAUCGAUUCAAUUAGUUCUACAAUCAGUGAUUUAGUAGAACUUGGGGCAAAGACAUUGUUAGUUCCUGGAAAUUUUCCACUUGGAUGUGUUCCAGCUUAUUUAGAUGUAUUUGAGAGCAAUGAUGCUGAGAAAUAUGACUCAGAAACAGGGUGUAUUAGGUGGUUGAAUGAAUUCUCUGAGCACCAUAAUCGCCUACUUCUAGAAGAGCUGGAAAGGCUUCGAAAGCUUCACCCACAUGUUACCCUCAUCUACGCAGAUUACUAUGGUGCAACUAUAAGCUUCUUUCAUGCCCCCAAACUUUUUGGAUUUGAGGCUCCACUCCAUGCAUGUUGCGGAUCCAAUGGUCGGUAUAAUGUCAGCCGUUCUGUUCAGUGUGGUCACAAGGAUGCCAAGGUCUGCAGUGAUCCAUCUGCGUUCAUUUCCUGGGAUGGCAUCCACCUAACCGAGGCAGCUUAUGGCACAAUAGCGCAAAGCUUAUUAGAAGGUCCACAUGCCAAGCCUUCACUGCUCCGAGCAUGCUCAGGCACCCCACAGAAUGAAGUUUAUGACUUCUAGCCAAUUUGGCCUAGCGACGGUUUAUUCGAUCCCUAUUUUGGUAUAUAAAGCUCACUGAGUUUGGGAGCAUCCUUACAGCUGUUUCGUCAGCAUGUAUUAGUAGUUGUAGAUCAUAGAGACUAGUAUCAGCUUAUAAGAUUUCUGAAGAAAGAAAUUGUGAUUCAACAGCACAGUUGUAUAGAUAAAGUCCCUUCAGCGAUGCUGUCGACAGAUAUAGGGAAAGAGAUACUAAAACAACUGAAACAAAUUUUUGCUACUGUACGGUCCUGUAAUGGAGCAUUGUCUGGAUAUUAAUGAACUGUUAAUUGGGAAAAUGUACUUUAGAUAUUAAAUAUAGUUCCGAUUUGAUCAA